AUGCUGGCGUCUACAAGUUCGCACGGCCUAAUUGUGAAUCUGCAAACGCACCGCCAGCCAGCAAAGCUUGCAAAUCACAUCUGCCCCGAAGGCGACUGGAACCGGCUCGACGAGCACGACUCGCCUCCAUAUCUCGCCGAGCAAGGUAGCGCACGGGUCUCAUGUGAUGUGGGCCGAAUGAGAAAGUCUCAUGGGAGGCAAUGCCGAGCCAAAUUCACUGUGAGAAACAAUCAGGCUUUCUGUCACAUUAAGCCACCCAAGCUGACCAUGCAGUGA